ACAUUGCGACAAUGGAUGACUGGAGGGCAAUGUGGAGAUGGACAGUACGUAAUAAACGGGUCAUGUAAAUUAGAAUGCAGUGACACUUAUUUUCGUUCAAUAAUUUUUCGAUUAAGUGCUUGAACGAUGUCGGUAGCUGGAUUGAAGAAGCAAUUUCAUAAAGCAAGUCAGCUAUUUAGUGAAAAGAUCAGUGGGGCUGAGGGAACAAAGCUGGAUGAAGAAUUUCAAAAAAUGGAAAGGAGAAUUAAUGUGACCCACAAAAUGGUUCUUGAACUUGUGCCCAAAACCACAGAGUACCUCCAGCCAAAUCCAGCAUAUAGAGCCAAACUUGGCAUGCUCAACACAGUGUCUAGGAUCUGUGGGCAGGUGAAGGCCGUGGGGUACCCACAGACUGAAGGAAUACUUGGAGAUUGUAUGUUGCACUACGGCAGAGAACUUGGAGUUGGUUCUGCCUUUGGAUGUGCUUUGGCAGGCAUUGGGGAAGCCUUAAAACAGAUGUCUGUAGCCAGAGAUGCCCUGGAUGUCAGUGCGAAGCACAACUUCAUCGACCCACUGCAGGCACUCCAGGACAGAGAGCUGAGGGAGAUCAGGUAUCACCUAAGAAAACUUGAAGGUCGUCGGCUAGACUUUGACUACAAGAAGCGACGCAAAGGAAAGAUCCCUGAUGAGGAGAUCAAACUGGCGUGGGAGAAGUUUUCAGACUCCAAAGAGCUGGCAGAGAGAAGCAUGUUUGACUUCUUCGAAAGUGAUUGGUCUGUUUUUCAGGCAGAGCAAGUGACUCACCUGUCUGCUUUGAUUGGAGCCGCUUUGGACUAUCACCGCCAGUCUUGUCAAAUCCUGGACAGCCUCACAAGAAGUCUGCGGGGCAGGUUAGCCAUUGCAAACAUCCGACCAAAGAGGGAGCCCAGGCUCAAACCUAUGACGGUUAACACAAUCACUACACAGCCAAAGGGAUUUUCCCACAGAUCCUCAGAAAACUCAGUUAUAUCUUCAGGUGCCCAGAUAAGACCAGUUGUCAGUGGCGAAAGUGACCAGUACACAAACAUACAGCCAGAGAGUCCCAUUAUCUGUAACCAUGAUUGUGAGGUUUUUCUAGACCAGCCCUGCUGCCGAGCACUCUACCCCUUUGUCGCUGCGAAUGAAGGAGAGCUUGGCUUCAAGGAGGGUGACCUCAUUAUCCUCACCAAUCAGAUUGAUGACAACUGGUACGAGGGCAUGAUCAGUGGGGAGUCUGGCUUCUUUCCCAUCAGCUAUGUCAAUGUCAUUGUGCCUUUGCCACAAUAAAAUCAGUGUAGCACCACAAGCCAUUGCUGACAGCCAUGAAGUCAUCACCUCUAAGCACCCUGGAAGUCUUAUUUGGCCAAUAAAUGUCACUCCAAUAAGGAUUGAUUUAUUGACAUAUGCUAUAUUUUUUUAUAAGAGCCAAACUUUGGGAGGCAUUUCAGGAAACUGCCUCAUUGGGUUAUACCAUACCUUCCGCCUGGUUAUAUGAAGUCUUCAUCUUAUUUUCUCAGUGAGACAUAAAGCUAAAUGCAUCUCAGUGAUUAGCUGUGUCUUUGCGUACUCCACGUACUAAAGAGCCACAUUGUUUCUGACAGACUUAUGCAAUAUUCCUUUUCCCUGUACUACUUAACUUUGCGUGCAAAAACUGGCAAGUAUAUACAGUCGGGAGAACAAGUAUUUGAUACACUGCCGAUUUUGCA